UCCGGCCGCCCCUCCGCGGCGCCGGGCGCCUGCCUCGCGGGCCGAGGGCGGGACGAGGGCGGCGGGGGCGCGGCGCGGCGGAGCAGAGGCGGCGGCAGGACGCGCGGCGGCCCGGACGCUCGGCAUGGCUCGCCUGGUGCUCGGUCUGGUGAGCUGCACCUUCUUUCUAACAGCGAACGGGCUGUACUCCUCUAGUGAUGAUGUAAUCGAAUUAACUCCAUCAAAUUUCAACCAAGAAGUUAUUCAAAGUAACAGUUUGUGGUUUGUAGAAUUCUUUGCUCCAUGGUGUGGCCACUGCCAACGGUUAACACCAGAAUGGAAGAAAGUAGCAACUGCAUUAAAAGGUGUUGUGAAGGUGGGUGCUGUGGACGCGGAUAAGCAUCAGUCCCUCGGAGGCCAGUAUGGGGUGCAGGGGUUCCCUACCAUCAAGAUUUUUGGAUCCAACAAAAACAGACCAGAAGAUUAUCAGGGUGGCAGGACUGCGGACGCCAUCGUGGAUGCCGCUCUCGGUGCCCUGCGCCAGCUCGUCAAGGACCGCCUGGGGGGCAGGGGCUACAGCUCUGGAAGACAGGGUCGAAGUGAAAGCUCAAGUAAGAAAGACGUGAUCGAGCUGACGGACGACAGCUUUGACAAGAAUGUUCUUGACAGUGAAGACGUUUGGAUGGUUGAGUUUUACGCCCCCUGGUGUGGACACUGCAAAAACCUGGAGCCAGAAUGGGCCGCGGCAGCCACCGAGGUGAAAGAGCAGACGAGAGGGAAGGUGAAGCUGGCGGCCGUGGACGCCACGGCCAACCAGAUGCUGACCGGCCGGUACGGGAUUAGGGGAUUUCCUACAAUCAAGAUAUUCCAGAAAGGCGAGUCUCCUGUGGAUUAUGACGGGGGGCGGACAAGAUCUGACAUCGUCUCCCGGGCCCUGGACCUGUUUUCUGAUAACGCUCCGCCUCCUGAGCUGCUCGAGAUCAUCAAUGAGGACGUCGCCAAGAAGACGUGUGAGGAGCACCAGCUCUGUGUGGUGGCCGUCCUGCCCCACAUUCUCGACACGGGAGCGGCAGGCAGAAAUUCUUAUUUGGAAGUUCUUCUGAAAUUGGCAGACAAAUACAAGAAGAAAAUGUGGGGGUGGCUGUGGACGGAAGCUGGCGCGCAGUCUGAGCUGGAGAAUGCACUGGGGAUCGGGGGGUUUGGCUACCCCGCCAUGGCGGCCAUUAACGCGCGCAAGAUGAAGUUCGCUCUUCUAAAAGGGUCUUUCAGUGAGCAAGGCAUUAACGAGUUUCUCAGGGAGCUCUCUUUUGGGCGAGGAUCCACAGCACCCGUAGGAGGGGGGGCUUUCCCCACCAUCAGCACCAGAGAGCCUUGGGACGGCAAGGAUGGCGAGCUCCCUGUGGAAGACGACAUUGACCUCAGCGACGUGGAGCUGGACGACUUGGAGAAAGACGAGUUGUGAGGCUCAGCACAACUUGCGCCUUCUUUUCUUGGGAGCAGAUGUUUCCAGCAGUGGAGGAACGUUCUCUGCAAUCAGACGCAUCUACUGUGGCCUUGUAACCAAGAAGUAGCACUUGAUUGGUCAUUUGAAAACACUGCAACAAUGAACUUUUGCAUCUCAAGAAAACAGUGAAAAAUUCUAUGAAUUGUAGCCAGUGGAUGGGGUGGCUUCUGUCAAGUACUAUUUUGAAGAAAACUUCUGGGCUGUUGAAACACUUUCCCUCCCUCUGACUGCUGCUGGGGUGUUCUUGGAGGCUGUUUCUUAUGUCAGUUUUUUAAUGUGAUUCUUUCAUUUGAAUAUUAAUGGCUUUUCCAUGAAAGAAUAAAACAAUAUUUUGGACAAUGCCAACAAA